CAAUGGCUCCCAAGAACUUGGACACUAUUCUCGCAACCGCUCUCAAUCACCAUCAAGAUCCAACCACCCCAAAUCAGCAACGGGCCAUUGUGGCACCUUGCCAAUUGAGGAUCAACCACGAGAUUAUCCUAGCAAGUGCCUGAAAGUGCCUUCCAGAUCCAAACAUCAUCUCACUGAGCGGCAAAAAAAGAACAUCAAGGUUCAGCACAACAUCAACACCAAGACGUUUCCACUUGUUCCAAAAGACCAAACCCAACCGUACGUGCUAAGGCUGAAUCAAGAGCCACUGAACACCAUCCGAGUCCAUGCCAAUGCAUUUGAAAGUAAGAAGGUUGUGGCAACAGACAACAUGGGAAGUCAGAUUCUGUUUUUAGCUCAGUUCCACAACCUUGAAGAUGAUAAUCCAGUUGUCAACGCUCUCCGGCAAGUUGUAAAAGACUUGCACCUGAUGGGUAAGAAUUGA